ACCGUCAACUCUCUGCAGCCAAAACUAUUUACGCAGACGCGAGUUGCAUAUUAGAGGGUGAGGAUUGCGGAAGUGCUCCUUGGUGAUGCUUAACGAUCGAUUCUUCUCAGUUUGUUACUAUAAAGAUGGCGGAGUUUAACCGCUCUCUCAGUAUUCCUGUCGAAAUUCGCAAUCGACCACGAAGUCACGUCACAUGCCCCAGGUGUAGAGUGGAUCCUAGUCACAUAUCUCGUCAAAUCUGGGAAAAUUCGACUCGACCCCAACAACAGUUCGAAUUCGGUAGUAACAACAACAUCCCCGAAUCGAGGAAUAACUCCAACGGAUACCCGGACUUGUGCAGGAGAUCUAAUCGUUCAUACACAUCUCCAGCUUCUGUUCACCACUAUCAAAAUGUCCGGCCGUUGGUCAAUGUCCCGACCGGACAUUUAAAUUCUGCUAGUAAUGUGGGUUCAAUGCGAUAUUCCAGUGAUACCCAUUCUACUCGGUCUGCUGGCGAUACAUGGAGAAUUAGGGGUAUUUUGGAAAACCAUCCCCCCGAUGUGACUCGUCGUGCUGAGUCAAGCUUAGGUCGCUUACCUGAUGUCACUCAUCAUACGCAAACGAACCUUAGUAUACAACAUGCCCGAACACGUUCUGUGCCUGUUGGUGGAGUAUAUGAUUCGCGUGUACCAUCUAACAGUUCGUAUGAUAUUCAUCAUCAGCAUCAAACGCAGGCUGUAUCUCGUAGUUCUACUCAAGGUAUCAUCUGUGCUAGAACCCAUCAAGAUGGAUUAUCACAUUCUCCGAUGUCCUCAUCAGCUACCAUAAACAGUAGACAGCAUGAGGCUCUAAGGACUCAACAGCAACGGUUAGAUUCCUCAAACAUAGCCACACCACAACAGUGGAAGAGAGAACAUACAUCGACCAUCAGCAGUUCCACUAGUCCUUGGGUAACCAGAAACGCCCACAUCGGGAGACAAACCACCACAGAUACCCCUAGCAGUAGUACCCAAAACCCCAGCAACAGCCUGACUUGGUCUAACUCUCAACAAACCAACAAUAAUUGUUGGAGACCUAGUACUGUGACUUCACCGUCACAGAAUGUGUUGACACAGUGUCCACUGCCAGAUUUGGUUACACCACGUCGACAAGCUAGGAAGCAAUGCUGUGGUCUUCUGGCGACACAUAGUGUGGCUAUUCGAUGGCUUGUUGUGGUGAUUGCUUGUUUAGGACUUAUGUGCUCUGUUGUUGGAACAAUUGUAGGUGUAGUCAAAGCUACUGGAAGAGAACAUCUUACUGUUGCACUUCUCCUCAUUGGUCUUGGCAUCGUACUAGUGUCGAUGAGUGGGGUGGCAUGGCGUCUCACAUCCAGGGAUUCCCCUUCAUGUAGAGCUAUGUUCGGUCUCAGAAGGACGAGGCAUGAGCCACACAGAAGGUUCGUGCCGCGUGUACCUCAUUACGGGAGGCCGCAUCCUUUUAGUGCAAUGUUGUAUCCAGACAUAACGCUGCGACCUCCUCCGCCUUCCUACCAAGCGUCCAUGCAAGAAUACCGGUUGCGUCUGCUAUUGAUGGACAGGCAGACACCCCCUAUAACUCAUCCCCCACCACCUACACAAGCACCCCCACCUCCUCCGCCCAUGUACAGGGGACCAGCUACUGUCUAUCCAAGAUUCCCGGUGAGUGUUGGAAUUUCCGACUACAGUCGACCUCCUAGCUAUCGUUCUAGACCUAGUUCAGCUGGUCAACCCAGUCCAGUAGGGCCAGAAGAAGUUGAUAUAAUCAAUAAUCCCACUACAUCUAGCUCACACCUUCCUAGUGACGUCAUUUCAACUCGCUCUUCUUCUUCCCCGGCUGCACCACAAAAUCGCUCAGCGCCAUCUAUUGCCACAGCUAGUAACCACGUUGAAGUGGUCGCUCAAGUCUAACGACAGAUGGCACCACUAUAUAUAUUAUACAUAAAACACUUUUUCCAGUGACUGAAGAUAUUUGAGAAUUCCAUUUUGUAAAUACUGAAAAAAAGAAGUAUGAUUGAAAUUGUUAAUAUGGAGAAUAAUUAUAUAUUUUCGCCAUUUUCGAUCCUGAUGAAACUAUUGUAAAUAAUUUAAAACUUUAUGCACAAUGUGUUCGAUAAACUAGUUAAAUUUCAUCAUCAUUAGAAUGUAAACAAUGACUGCAACAUUUAUUCCAUUUAAAUGUGUUAAGUCAUCUGCGAUAUAAGAUAUCACAUUCAUUCAUUUCAUUUACAGUUCAACUAGUUUAUCAGAAUAUAUAUAUAAAAGAAAAUAUGUUAUUCAAGAUUAUUAAUACCAAACAUGAUUAUUGCUCAUCCUGUAAAUAAAAUAAUUCACUUCUUUUUAAAAUUAGGUUUAUUCAAGUCAAAAGUUUAUUAAGCUUAUUUUGCUUA